UCCGUCGCCGAUCCUUGUCGUCUCGGUGGUAAAUUUGGUUGUGUCACUGACCUGGCUUCUUGCUGCCACCAUGAAGGACGUACCGGGCUUCCUACAGCAGAGCCAGAGCUCCGGACCCGGCCAGGCCGCCGUGUGGCACCGUUUGGAGGAGCUCUACACAAAGAAGUUGUGGCAUCAGCUGACACUUCAAGUGCUUGACUUCGUUCAGGACCCCUGCUUUGCCCAAGGAGAUGGCCUCAUUAAGCUUUACGAAAACUUCAUCAGUGAGUUUGAACACAGAGUGAACCCUCUGUCCCUCGUGGAGAUCAUCCUCCAUGUCGUCCGGCAGAUGACAGACCCUAACGUGGCUCUCACCUUUCUGGAAAAGACCCGUGAGAAGGUGAAAAGCAGCGACGAGGCCGUGAUCCUGUGUAAGACGGCCAUUGGAGCACUGAAGUUAAACAUCGGGGACCUGCAGGUUACAAAGGAGACCAUUGAGGAUGUUGAAGAGAUGCUCAACCACCUGCCUGGGGUGACGUCCGUGCACAGCCGCUUCUACGACCUGUCCAGCAAGUACUACCAGACCAUUGGGAACCACGCAGCCUACUACAAGGACGCCCUGCGCUUUCUGGGCUGCAUUGACAUUAAGGACCUGCCAGUCUCAGAGCAGCAGGAGCGGGCCUUCACGCUGGGCCUCGCAGGGCUGCUCGGUGAAGGCGUCUUCAACUUCGGAGAGCUGCUCAUGCACCCUGUGCUGGAGUCAUUGCGGGGCACAGAGCGGCAGUGGCUCAUCGACACCCUGUACGCCUUCAACAGCGGCCACGUGGAGAAGUUCCAGGCCCUGAAGACCGCCUGGGGCCAACAGCCUGACUUGGCAGCCAAUGAAGCCCAGCUGCUGAGGAAGAUCCAGCUGCUCUGCCUCAUGGAGAUGACUUUCACGCGGCCCGCCAACCACCGACAGCUCACUUUUGAAGAGAUCGCCCAGAGCGCCCAGAUCCCCGUGAACGAGGUGGAGCUGCUGGUGAUGAAGGCGCUGUCGGUGGGGCUGGUGAGGGGCAGCAUCGAUGAGGUGGAUCGGCGCGUCCACAUGACCUGGGUGCAGCCCCGGGUGUUGGACCUGCAGCAGAUCAAGGGCAUGAAGGGCCGCCUGGAGGUGUGGUGCGCAGACGUGCGGAGCAUGGAGACGCUGGUGGGGCAGCAGGCCUAUGACAUCCUCACCUAGGGGCCCCAUGGCUGUGACUGUCCCUCAGGCCUGGGGCGGGGCCCCUGAACCCAGUGUGGGAGCACCUUCCAGGGCCCCUCAGUAAACGUCUCUGCCUUGUU